GGCCGGGUUCAGGGAAGAUUCGGGUCCGUGAUCAAGGCUGGGCCUGUGGUCCUGGGCCACUAUGAGCUGCACCAUCGAGAAGAUCCUGACAGACGCCAAGACGCUGCUGGAGCGGCUGCGGGAACACGACGCGGCCGCCGAGUCGCUGGUGGAUCAGUCCGCCGCGCUGCACCGGCGGGUGGCCGCUAUGCGGGAGGCGGGGACGGCCCUUCCGGACCAGGUCGGGCAAAGGUAUCAAGGAGAUGCACCCGAUAUAAAGGACAUGUCCAAAUUCAAACCUCACAUUCUGCUGUCCCAAGAGAAUACACAGAUUAGAGACUUGCAGCAGGAAAACAGAGAGCUAUGGGUUUCCUUGGAGGAACACCAGGAUGCUUUGGAACUCAUCAUGAGCAAGUACCGGAAACAGAUGUUACAAUUAAUGGUUGCUAAAAAGGCUGUGGAUGCUGAACCAGUCCUGAAAGCUCACCAGUCUCACUCUGCAGAAAUUGAGAGUCAGAUUGACAGAAUCUGUGAAAUGGGAGAAGUGAUGAGGAAAGCAGUUCAGAUGGAUGAUGACCAAUUUUGUAAGAUUCAGGAAAAACUGGCCCAAUUAGAGCUUGAAAAUAAAGAACUUCGAGAAUUACUAUCCAUCAGCAGUGAGUCUCUUCAGGUCAGGAAGGAAAACUCAAUGGACACUGCUUCCCAAGCCAUCAAAUAACUCAACUUCUGAAUGACAGCUGUUUAUCAAGGAAGGAAAUUAUCUUUCUAUUUGAGUAUUGUCCAUUUAGUGUCUUGCCUCAGACUUGAUUUAAUGUUUAUUAAAGGUAUCAGGUGGCAGUUUAGAAUUUGCAGUCAAAUUGGCUGUCCACAAAAUGGUUUUUGGGUGUGUUCGUGAAAUACACACGGAGUUUCACCAUUCCUUUCUCUAAGAGACCUACUUUUACUUUUCAGUUCUGGGACCUCAAUUUAUUAUUGGUUCCUUUUUGUUUCUUCACAUCUCUCAGACUUAGAGCCUUUUAUUAUAAGCCAGCAAUCUUUAUUUUAUAUAGGAUUAUAAAUUACACUUCUAAAAAAAUUUUAAGAGAUUAGCUUUUUAAAUUAUUUGGCACAAAUCUAGAUUUUUUUUUUCCCUAUUUGCGAAAAGUAAUACAAUUCCACACAACUAGAUUGGCAGAUUGUCUGAUUUGUGAUGUCAUUCACCUCCUAUGAAGUUUUAAGUCUCUCUGGUGCUAAGAGUUGGCACUUUAUGACCUGGUGUCUUUACUCUUAAUUUGAGAGAACCUACUGCUAGUUCCCAAGAAGCAUACUUGAAAAUAGGUAACUGGAGAGUCAUCAUAUUGUUCAAAGAACCCUGAGAAAUUUGUCCUUUGUGUGACAUACACAUGUACUCUUCGUUCAGAUGCUGAAGGAGCUGUUAUUUAUUCUGUUAGAAAUUAAUAGUCAAUUUUUCAAUAUUGUCCUCCUAGGUAAUCUUCAACUUGGAUGGUUUACUCAGUUGAAGAGCAUAAAAUGGGUCUUUUCACAUUGUAGUUUUUAGGUACUACAUUCUAUUUAAUUUAUAUAUAACUUUUGUUUCAUAGUUAAGAACCAUCACUUACUUAGAUGUCUUUCAUUACUAGUACUGCUAGUUGGCUUUCUUUUUAGAUCCAUUUAUCAUGAGGAAGCAAAAUUUUAUCACUCAAUGUCUGAUGCUGUGUUGAGAUUCAAAUGCUGAGCGGUCAACCAGACUUACUCAUCAACUCACUCGCCUAUCUCAGUUUAGUUACACGCCAAAUUUACAAAUUGCUUCAUGUUACACUAUCAACUCGGGUUUGCCCCAAAAUAAUUGAAAUAAUGAAUCCCAAACCUGUCCAUAUUUUCCAGUAGCACUGAGCACCAUACUGACAGGAGACACAGUAUUUAAAAGAGUUUUUUCUUAGUACUUUGUGUGAUGUAAAAUUUCUUUUGUACUGCCAGAAAGAUUUGACUCCAGUUAAAACAAUAAAACAUCACGAAGAUAUCCUAAAAGCAUCUGACCCCACUAAUACUGAAAGAAUUUGGCCUAUUGUGGUGGUCUUUAAUGAUUAGGUGUAUGUCAUUUAGAAACUCAAAUUUCUAUUCAAAGUCCUGCAUAGAAUUUGAAAAAUACUUCCACCCCCAAUGUAGGCAUUUUAAUCUUAUUUCCCAACAGGAAGUAAAACUUUAGUCCAGCCAUUUGGCUUGAAGUAUAUGCCCUAACUGCCACUUUGUGUCCCAUGGUUCCACUCAGGAAGCAGGUACCCCUACGUGAUAUAUCAGCUGCCAUGGCCAAUUUUCAGUAAAAAUGAUAAAGUCAUCAAAUGGCCCAUUAAAGUAUGAGAUAGUGUCUCAUUAUCUGCCUUAUGUUCCUUUAAAGUUGUUUACAUAUUGGAUAUCAGGAUAAAUCUAUGUUAACUUUUCCCCCUCCCAUCAAAAGCUUGAAGUUUGAGUGAAAGAGCUCUCAGUGCCCUACAAAAUGUAAAUUUUGGCUGGUGUUAAUACAAAUACAGCAUUUCUAAUAAAAAUAUUUUAAGAAUAA